UGGAACUUUUUAGCGCCUUCGGGUUCCAGAUUCGAGACUUGGGCUGUUCAUAAAUAUACCUAUACAUAUGUGUGAUCUAAUAAAACAUUGUCUCCUCUCUUUGAGGCAGCAGCUUUUUAUGACUUCUCCUUUAUGUCAGACACUUGCCUGGCUUCUUUGGGUUAUAAACUUUUGAUGCCAGACCUCUGCAGAACGUGCCCAACUGCAUUUUAAAGUAGCGUCUUGAAGAGAGAGGCAGAGCAAGAACAAUCCGUGACCUUCGUCCUUGCAGCUUCCUUCCUCCUCUCCCGUCCGGGCUGCCUCCCUCCUCCCCAGGAGAGCCUCGGACCGCUCGCUUUGGACGCAGGAGGGGCAUCUGGUCCUGCCAGGCUGGAAAGCUGAGGCAGGAUCUGAGGAAGAAUCAUUAGACUCCGGAGAGCCUGGACUCGCUUCUUCUCCCUCUCUGCUCUGGCUUGCUCCAGCCGGCCCUCUCCCCCCACACCGCUCCUGACACCGCCGUGUGGGGCGGGCACCGGGACCUGCCGCGUUCUGGGAAGUUGUGGCUGUCGAGGAUGGGGGUCUGUGGGUACCUGUUCCUGCCCUGGAAGUGCCUCGUGGUCGUGUCUCUCAGGCUGCUGUUCCUUGUACCCACAGGAGUGCCCGUGCGCAGCGGAGAUGCCACCUUCCCCAAAGCUAUGGACAACGUGACGGUCCGGCAGGGGGAGAGCGCCACCCUCAGGUGUACCAUCGAUGACCGGGUCACCCGGGUGGCCUGGCUAAACCGCAGCACCAUCCUCUACGCUGGGAAUGACAAGUGGUCCAUAGAUCCUCGUGUGAUCAUCCUGGUCAACACACCCACCCAGUACAGCAUCAUGAUCCAGAACGUGGACGUGUACGACGAGGGCCCGUACACCUGCUCCGUGCAGACGGACAACCACCCCAAGACCUCGCGGGUGCACCUCAUCGUGCAGGUUCCUCCACAGAUCAUGAAUAUCUCCUCAGACAUCACUGUGAACGAGGGGAGCAGCGUGACCCUGCUGUGUCUUGCUAUUGGCAGACCAGAGCCAACUGUGACCUGGAGACACCUGUCUGUCAAGGAAGGCCAGGUCUUCGUGAGUGAGGAUGAGUACCUGGACAUCUCGGACAUCAAGCGCGACCAGUCCGGAGAGUACGAAUGCAGCGCCUUGAAUGACGUCGCGGCGCCCGACGUGCGGAAAGUCACCGUCACCGUGAACUACCCUCCCUAUAUCUCGAAAGCCAAGAACACCGGUGUCUCCGUGGGCCAGAAGGGCAUCUUGAGCUGCGAAGCCUCGGCCGUGCCGACAGCGGAGUUUCAGUGGUUCAAGGAAGAUACCAGGCUGGCCACCGGCUUGGACGGCAUGAGGAUCGAGAAUAAAGGGCGCAUAUCCACUCUGACUUUCUUCAAUGUUUCAGAAAAGGAUUAUGGGAACUAUACUUGUGUGGCCACAAACAAGCUGGGGAACACCAAUGCCAGCAUCACACUGUAUGGGCCUGGAGCAGUCAUUGAUGGUGUAAACUCGGCCUCUAGAGCGCUGGCUUGUCUCUGGCUAUCAGGGACCCUCUUUGUCCACUUCUUCAUCAAGUUUUGAUAAGAAACCAUAGGUUCUCUCAGCAACGCCUGCUUCUCCAUAUCACAGACUUUAAUCUACACUGCGGAGGGCAAGCCAGUUUGGGCUUCUUUUUGUUUCUGAUAUUUUUCUUGAUUUUUUUUAAUUUUGGGGUUUUGUUUGUUUAUUUGAUUCUUUUUUCCAAUUUACAUGAGUGGGGUUGGGGGAGGGGCGGGCAGGGUUCUACCAUGUGUAGGAUGAUCAUUCAUUGGUGUGUCCAAAAAACAAAGUCUGGUCCUGCUACCUUGGCCCUUCCCUUUCCUCUGCUCCCCUCCCCAUCAUCACCACCACCAACCUCUCCUGUCCCACAUACCAAAACAUGAGCUCCAUUUGGGCAAAAAUGUGCCUCACGAUAAACACCCCGAAGACACAACUUGACUAUAAUGUAGUACACAGCAAGAGUUACAUCCAAGUGUCCUAUUAUCUGUGUCUUUUAAGCUUUGGACCAUUUUUCUGAUUACAAUGUACAUAUCCC